AUGCCUUCCGCUGCAGCCAGACAGCUGUACGAGGAUCAAAUACCCUCAUUUAUGUCUGUCUAUGACGUAGACGGCGGCUCAAUAGACCAGUCCAACGCCGUUACCAUCAUCGACCCCUCCAUUCUCAUGGACGGCGCCAAAGACCCGAAGGCCUCGCAGCUGGCGCUGGGGCCUGGUGCCCUACCGCCGGAACCUGGCCAUAGGCACCAUGACAGCACAUCCACACGAACCACCGAGUCGGCAGACUCGUCUCCUACCACAACGGUGUCGUGCACCGAUUCGUCGGACCUUUCCGAUCCGUCCCCGUCCUCGUCCCCGGAUUCCCCAGUCAACCUUGCCCCGCUUCCUGGCCCCGGCUUCGCAUCGACCAGGUCCUUUGGCGGAACUCUGUCUAGCAUGGCCAAUCUUAGCGUUUCGGAUUCAUCCCAAGAGCGUCCGAUGACCUCACCGGGCCCCAGGCGGCCCAAGAACAUGAAGGGUCUUUCCAUCCAACCCCCCUAUAACCCGCUCUCUUCCCAUACGCUCCUCUCUGAGCCCGCCUCUCCCUCUUUCAUCAAGCCGGUCAUCCCGGCGAUGAAGCGCAAGCCAAGUCAGUUGAGCUUAAAGACGAACUCGUCCGAUCUUUUGACUCGCACUGUCGUCGAGGUCCCUAAUUCCCCUAUCGUGCCUCCUAUCUUGCAGCGUCGAGCGCUCAAGCACUCAACAUCGACGCCCCACAUGCUUUCAGGUCUCAGGUCGGCAACGUUCGGUCCUCCUGGGGGGAUGACAAUCCCUGCUGUCUUGGAGCGAAACGAGACCGGACUCUCGUCUUACUUCCGGCCGCCACGCGAAAACUCAAUUUCCGAGGAAGAAUCAUCAAUCCGUACUCAGAUCGCAAACCGUGCUGCGUACGACUCCGAGCCCUACCACGAUAUCGAAAACAAUGAGGACAUGAAAUCCCCUGGCUACCCUGAUGGACCGCUCCCGAUUUACGACGAUAAUGUGUUCUUAUAUCUCGAGCCGACAGCGGAGGAGGCGUCUCGUUUUGAUGUCGUUAUCAACGUUGCUCGCGAAGUCCGCAACCCGUUCGAAAAGCUUUCCCAAAGUGAGCCUACUACAGACACCAAGGAACGGCCCGAGGACGACUCUCCGGUCCCUGAUACCGCGACCACGGAUGCCAGUUUCUGUACUGCGCGCGAGUAUCCAUCCUCAGAUGCUUCGAGCGACUCGCCCACUACGCCAAAGGCUCAGAAGAUUCUCAAGGUACCCGAGUACAUACAUGUUCCCUGGGAUCACAACACGGAUAUCGUUCCCGAUUUGAUGCGCCUCUGUGAAACAAUUGAGCAGCGUACAAAGGAAGGGAAGAAAGUGCUCGUCCAUUGCCAACAGGGCGCCAGCAGGUCAGCCAGUUUGAUUAUCGCUUAUGGCUUGUAUCGCAACCCCGAGCUGAGCGUCAACGACGCUUACUAUCAGGCUCAGGCUAAAAGCCGGUGGAUCAGCCCUAACAUGCGAUUGAUGUACUGCUUGCAAGACUUUCAAAAGGAGGUUGCAAAGAAGAAGAGGUUAUCGCCGACUGGCGCUCUUAAGCAGCGGUCUGGAAGAAGCCCCACGAAGCACCGGGCAACGAUGUCAGCCGACAAUAUCGGUGUAACGCCGCCAGAACCUCUCACUGCCCCGCUGCCUGAGGAUUCAGGCUCAAGGCGCACAAGCCCUGAACGGACUCCCAAUCGUCCUCGGGGUAUGACUACCCCUCGGCCGGGUGAGCCCAUUUCUCCCGGGCCCUCAUCGGCUCCCUCGAGCUUCUCUUGGUCAGAAAAGGAGGAUGAAUCAGACCCGGGAAAGUUUGGUCGCUUUCAUAUUCCCGAACGCCCCGCUCCUCCAAAAGAGGAGACAAAACUUGCCCCGCCCAUCGAGUCAUUUUCUCAACCGUUGCGGUCUCCGGGACUUCCACCUCCUUCCUUUGGUGAGCAGGCACUUCGCCCGCCAUCGUCUCCAGGCCUUCCUCUAUCUCAACAUACUACUCGACCUCCGCCUUCUCCAAGACUUCCUCCUCCACAAGUGAGCACACGCGCUCGGACACCCCCGCCCCCAAUAAAGGUUGGCCCUCCGUUGCGAUCAAUCAAGAUAGAAGCGCCGCAGCCAUCCCCGGGACUCAUUGGCCUUCCUAAGUCUCCUGGCUUCGCUCCUCCCGAAAUUCUCGAGCCUCCAAUGUCGCCCGGGUUCCGGUUGGCCAAGCCCCCGCCGUCUCCUGGGUUCGGCGCGCGCAGGUUCGGACUGGGCCAAGCAAAUCGUCUCACUUUCGGCUCUCUAAAUUGUCUCGGUGCUUCUCCGCUCAAGCAAGAGGCCAAUGAGACCGAGGAAAAGAAGGAACCCGAGACAAUACGCGUUGUGCAGCAGCAGCAUCAGCAGCAGCAGCAGCAUCAACAGAAGCAGGAGCAAUCGCAGCAGCCAAAGAAGCACAUCACUGCCAUCCUCCCCAGCUUUGCAGAUGAGCCUCUCAUGUCCCCUCGUGCCGAGACGAUGACCAGCAACCCAAUACACGAGAGGCUGGCCGCGGUUUCUUCUGGGGCUAGCGGUCUAGGAGGUGUAGCAGGUACGGGCCUUCAGUUUGUCGAGAUCCCACCGACGCCACGCGACGGUGUGUUCUCACCACGGGCAACCUUGUUCCCACGCGACCCUCUAUACCCAUUUGGGCGGCCCAUGCAAGCAGCUGAUCCACGGAGUCCACCUACAAAGGGGGAGACGCCAAUUGUCAGGAGUAUAGAUGAGAUGUUGUGA